GCAUCACAAGUCCCAUUUUCAGAUCUCUGUUCAACAUUAGAACAAAUUCAGAAGUGCAAAUCUCGACAAAAUAAAACAAGAAAAGGCUUUUCCAAAGAAGACGGAAGCCUUCAAGGGUGGGGUUGAUCUGGCAUCCCUGGAGACCUCCAUUCUCUGCAAAAAGGCUUUUCCAAAGAGCAUGGAAGCAUGUAUAAGAACAUAAGAUCUAAAGAAAACAGUUUCACCAGCAUCUGAGAAGAAGGCUACUUUUUUGCCACCUGGCCUUGAGCUCUGUUGAUCUUCAAAAGGUAAGGCAACCUGAAUAGUGGGGGAGUAUGAGAUACCUCAGAGGGUGCAGGGAGGCCUUGGAUGGCUGGAAGCACGUCGUUUGUUUCUACACUAAGCCCCCAUAGUCUUGCCCAUCCCUGAGGUACCUCAUUCACACUUAACAACCUCUGCAUUCAAUUAAAGAAUGCAUUGGGGGAGGAGCGAUGGGGCUCCAUUCAACAUGAUUUAGUUAAUGUUAUAACCAUAACGGGCAGAUGCUAUUACAGUCAUAACUUGGGGACUACCGGUAGUUGUGUUUCUCAAGACGUAGUGAAUUUGGGCAAUGUAUGUGUAAGUGCAAAAGCCAGUAGAAUAUGGUAGUUUUGAUGAUUGUGGAAAAUGAGUUAAUAGGAAUUAUUGAAGGGAGUAAAGGAACAAACUUCAAUGCUAAGUAUAAAAAAACCUGACACUUAAAAAAAAGACAGUGAAAAGCCUGUAUUAUACUAUCUAGAAAGGGGGGGGGACAACAAAAAACCCCAAAUGCCUAAAAAUGGGAACAAAAAUAAAAACUUAUUACUCACAAAUUAUAUCUAGUUCUAUAUAAUUUAAAUAGUGUGAUGCAUGUGUCCAUUGGACAUUAUUACAGGUGAUUGUACUAAAGCUGCCAAGAGUUUCCGGAUGGUGGUUAAUAAAUAGUUAAUCUACCCUACCUGCUAAGGAGAAAAAAAACCAGAACCACCUCUGCCAUCUUCAGCUUAGAGCUUUGCUGGCAUCCUGCCAUAAAUUGUUAGGUGGCUGGGGGGAAGAGGAAAUAGGCAAUUUGCAUGUAAGGGGUAGAGAUGAGCUAAAGAGGGAGUGGCAGGUUGACAGAAGCCAGAGGUGUGAGAACCAGCCUGUUCUCCCCAGUUGGUGGAUACAGCCAGCCAGAAUGGGUUGUCUCUGUCCAGUGGCCAAUCGGACUGAGUCUACAGCUGUGACAUCACUGAUACCACUGGUGACUCCUCCCAGCUUUAGACUUGGCCCAAUCAGGACUGGAUGCAUAAAUUCUCCAAAUUAGCUACUUAAUUAGAUCUUUUUUUUUUCAAAUUUAUCCCUCAAAAUGGCUUUAAUUGGCUUGUCUAAGGUUUUGCUGCUGCUCUUCUUUAACUGUGAUCUACGAACUGCCUUUCCUCAGCUCCUACUGCAUCGCGGGUGCCACAAGGUAACUCCGGAGCACCCCAUGACUUCUAAUCAUAGGACAAACCAAACGGUCUCUGUCCAUCACAAGGCCUCCUGCUGGAUUGAUUUCGCCGCUGCUGCCCUCUGCGUUCUCUUCAGCUGCAAGCUCCAGAGGACAUUUUGAAGCCUCGGGACCGUUUAUUUUGGCGCCAAACCUCCGUUCGGUCUCCAGCCUCAGAUCGAUCUACAGCCUUUGCAGCACAGAGUGACAGAUUCCUGUGGGGUGAGUCCCUGAACCACCAGUUACUAUGGCAUCCCCCAGGAGUGAUCAAAGCCAGGCGAGCUCAGACAUUUCUCCCCCUGAUAGUCUGGUGGCAGGCCCUUCUGGAGUACAUCCACCAGGAAAAGGCCAGCACAGAGCCUCGCCUAAAGGGCAAACCAUCUGAAGUCUCCAAGGUGGCCCAAAAGGCAGAGGAUCUUCGCCAGCGCCAGCUGGACAAGGAGUUUGCCAAAGCACAAUGUUUGGUUGCCAAGCUCUAGGCUCAAGCCUCCACAGAGUGCUCUCCCAGCCCUCAUCCUUUUCUGCCAGGCCCAUUGCCGAUGGACACCCCAUGACCCACUGUUCUGUCCUCAGAUAGUGAGGAAGAAUCACAGGAGUCGCCAUACCAGCCCAGUUUUGGGCCUGUUGAACCAUCUCCUGCUCCUUUGGCUUCACAGCCUUCUCCUGAGGUACAGCUUUCGUUUCUCUUGCCCCAGGGUCCCUUGACAUCAGUUGGGCUGGACAUGGCCUCCAUUAUAUCUGAGGCCAUCAAGCAGGGGAUUGCAACUGGCUUUCAACAACAAGGUUCUACUCCACAGGCUCCUAUAUCUGCUUCCAGUGUGCCAUCACCUAGACCAUCUCAUACCAAUAAAAGUCCAUCUACUCAAUCAAUCCCAUCUCAUUCUGAUCAGGUCUCAGUGGGAGGGGAGGAGGAAAAGGCAGUUAGGGAUUCUGACUUGUCUGAAGAUGAGGAUUUAACCCCUGACCAGCCUACCUUCAUAGGUUUAUUCAAACCAGCUGUCUUUAAAUCCCUUCUCCUUAGGGCCAAGAAAAUUGCCAAGGUAGGGUUAACUCCCCCUCAGGGGUCAGACUCAAGAAUGGGGGAAUCAAUGGAUCCCCUCUUUCUGGAACGCACAGUGGAGAAGGAAGUCAUUCUUUCUACCAAAUUAUUUUUGGAUUUAGUCCAAAGACAAUGGGGCUCCCCGGGAUCGGGUCCCCUUCCUGAUUCUAGGACCCAUAGGGACCUCAAAAUUAAAGCUGCCAUGGAAUUUGCGGCAGACGUCUCCCUCAAUUCGGUCAAAUUUUCAUCUAAAGCCAUGGCUUCUUCUAUUUCUACCAGAUGCUUGCUCUGGUUGAAACAGUGGCAAGCUGACGGAAGGGCCAAAUGGAAGCUGGCUUCAGCUCCAUUUGGGGGAGAAAAGCUUUUUGAGGCUUCGUUGGAACCGCUGCUGGUAGAAUCUUGCGACAAGCGCAAGAUUCUGCCUUCUCUUUUUAAAAAGCCAGAAAAUAAGUUUGCUCCCUUCUACUGCAAGUCUUCCAUUCAGGGAGGGGAUGGGGGGUUCUAUGCCUCUCAUCCCCAACACCAAUCUAAUUUCAGGCAGUCCUACCAACCUCAGAACAGGUUUGGGAAGAGAAACCAACAUUUCCUCCCCAGGAAACCAUUCAAGGGUCCAUCCAACCAACCGUUCAGACGUCAGAAGUGCCUGUCUGGAUGGUCUGCAGAUCGGGGGUCAUCUCUUGGCCUUUGCCAAUCGAUGGGCAGCCACAACCAUUAGUAGGUCCUGAACACCAUAAAAUUUGGCCUGUCAUUGGAAUUUCUCUGCCCCUCCCCCAAAUGCUUUUUCUUCCUUGUCCUGCUUCUUGGGAACCAUCUCGCAGGCUCCUUAUGGAACAAGCCAUCUAACACCUAAUGGAGAUCCAGGCAAUUCAACCGUCCCUCUGGAUCAGGUAGGUCAAGGUUUUUACUCACGACUGUUUGUCAUGUCAAAAGCUUCAGACGGAUGGAGAGCAAUCUUCGACCUAAAGACUCUGAACCUGUAUAUCAAAUACCACAGGCUCAAAAUGCAUUACCUGCAAACCAGUCUGGAGGGGAUCAGGGAGGGCGACCACCUAACAUUGGUGGACUUAACGGAGGCAUACAUCCACAUCCACAUCCUACCUACCCACAGGCAGUUCCUAAGGUUUUGCUAUGCAUCAAAACGCUACCAGUACAAGGCACUCCCUUUCAGCCUGUCAUCCGCACCGAGGAUGUUCACAGACUACAGUGCAACCUCGACAAUGUCUUAAUACAGUCCAGGUCAGCAAACCAGAUGCACAGAGAUCCCCAGACCGCUCUUUCGACACUUAGGGAACAUGGAUUCUCCAUAAACAUGGAGAAAAGCCACCUUGUCCCCACAACAAGACUACUACACCUAGGUGCAGUAAUCGACAUGGUGCAGGGCACAAUCUUUCCUGAGACCGUCUCUCUAGUCUGCAGCAGAUGGCCCAACAGCUGAAAAGGAACCGCAGAACAUCUCUCCUCCAUCUCUCCCAACUGCUGGGCAGGAUGGUGGUCUGCUUCGGCAUUGUCCCCUGGUCCAGACUACAUAGCAGGAAGCUGCAGUGGUUCCUGCUGCCGCAUCAAAGAGCCAACAGGAGCUGCUCGCCAAGACAGGUCACAUUGCCAUUAGAGGUAAUCAGGCCCCUGGGGUGGUGGUUCUCUCCAAAGGUGGCUCAGGGGUCUUUCUUCUGGUACCUGGCCCACAUCACGAUCACCACGGAUGCCAGCCUCAUGGGUUGGGGGGGGGCACCUCCACUCUCAGAUAGCACAGGGCAUCUGGUCUCCUCGAGAGACAUAACACAACAUCAACUGGCUCAAGCUGUGAGUUGUUCACCUAGCGCUCAAGCAGUUCCAAGACUUUGUGGCAAACUCACACGUGCUGGUCCUCAUGGACAAUAUAACAGUGAAAGCACACAAACUGGCAAGGCGGUGUGUGAUCCUGCACACUGAUGGAUGAGGCGAGGCGCCUGGGCAGAACAUGAUCUGUUGUCCCUCCGCGCAGAACACAUCAGCGGAGUGGACAACGUGCAGGUGGACUGACUGAGUCGAUCCAAGGUCGAUCAUGUGGAAUGGAGCAUAACACCAUAGCUGUUCCGCAAACUGAUUAACAGAUUUGGAGCUCCAGUGGUGGACCUGUUUUCGACUCAUCUCAACAGCAAGCUGCCCACCUUCACCAGGUGUGCUAGUCUGGGGUUGACAGGGGUGGAUGCCCUUCGUUGCAGGUGGCAUUCCCUUCGCUCCCUCUGUUCCAGAGGGUGAUCUGGAAAACAAUCAAAGAGCAGGCUGAGCUCAUCCUUCUGGCCCCACACUGGCUGCGCAGGCCGUGGUUCGCGGACUUGGUCAACCUCUCAGUGGCCUCUCGGUGGCCCCUCCCUUGCACAAAGCCACCCUGACAAAAAGCUCCUUCAUCCAUACCAACCCACUCUGGUUACAAUUGACUGCUUGGAGAUUGAGCAGACAGCCCUAGCUGCAGCGAACUUCAGUUCAAUUGGUCACUGGACAAAGACAACCCAUUCUGGCUGCUGUCUCCACUGUCCGGAGAAUGGGCAUAUCAGGUAAGGACCAACCCCGAUUCCAGUUCAAGGCUGCAAAGCCUGAGAAAGAACUGUGAACAGCAGCUCCAAACAUCUGAGCGGUUCCCAAAACAUGUAUGCGGCACAUCAUUGGACGAAGACAAACCAGACAAAUGGUGGAGGGCCGGGGACAAAGUGGAAUACUGUAACACUUUGAGUGGGAACUUUAGUUCUAGGCUGCAACCAAUAUUGCAACCACUAAUCCUUAGUAAAAGAACCUAUCAUUUCAACCAAAUGGAGUUGAGGGUCUGUCUUUCCUAGAGACUUAGCUGUGGAAGGUCUGACACAGUUGGACACCCAGGGUAUUUUUAUUUGGCACCUGGCUGAGAAAAGAGCUAAAGGUGCCAAAUUUCCAAGAGGAGGCCUGAAGUUUCAUAUCACUUGACACUGUACACAGGCAAUUGUUGGGUUAACAUGUCCCCUAUUUUGCCACAGUCUGCUGCAGUUGCUAAUAAAUGUGAGUUUGAUGUCUUAGAAUAAAUUAUGCAUACUAAAACAUAAGUUUGGUAUCUUUGGAAGUAUUUGUAAUAGAGAAUUAUGGUGUUAUGCAAGAUGAAGUUCAUGUUACUGCAAAAGCCAGUCUCUCAUCUUUAAUCAAACCAUAAUAAGAUUAUUGUAGCACAUUGUAUUUAAAAGGCAGUUUUUUUCUCAUAGCUAUUGAAACGUCUCCUCUUGAAGUUAGAACUAAUACAGUAAUAUGUACAAGGAAAAAGAGAGGAACUCUUAUAUUCAUAUGCAUUCUAGAUAAUGUCUUUCUCUUCUGGGAUUCUCAGAUCUAUAUAAAUUAAACCAAAUUGAAAAACUAAUAUCAUUAUGCUAUGCACAGUUAUAUUUAGAAGAUCUACCAGUAGAUAGCCCUGAAGAAAAGUGUUAAAUUCUUAUGGAGAUAUCUGUGGAAUGUAGAAUCAUAGAGACCUAGAUGUAUAUGGGAUGUCUUCUGACAAUAUGGCUGUAAUCACAUUACAUACAGUAAUCAAUCAAAUUCAGUUUCAUUAUUGAUAUAAUUAGAGAAUAAAGACUCAAUUUUCUAAAGUGCAAGUUUUAUCUGAUAAAAUUAAAUGUAAUUAAAGAAACCAUUAGCCCUAUUUUCUGUGGGUGCACAACAAAAUGAAUUAAAAAUUACUGUAACUGCCUGGCUGGGUUGGUACAUGUCAUUAAAUCAGGCACAAUUCACUUAACAACUGCCUUGCUCAGCAAUGGAAAUUCUGGUUCCAAUUGUGGUUGUAACUUGAGGAGGACCUGUGUAAUGAGUCAUAGUAAUUCAACGUCUGUAGAAGAAGAAAUUGCUAUUUAAUUUGCAGUAGUGGAUCUGAAUGUGUCAUUUUUAUCAGCUUUUGAAUUGAUUUUUCUUUUCAGCAAAA